AUGGAUGAACCCGAUGAAAAUGAACAUGAUAUGGCUUCAAUUGAACAUGACGAAAAUGAAGUAUUACUUCCUGAGAAAAUGGCUGAAGAAAUUUUUAAUAAAAUUUCACUAGUUGGAUCUGAUGAAUUUUUCGAAAAUGAAUUGAAUGGAAUUAAUUUUAAAUCAAACAUUGUGUUAGACGGAUUUAAAGACGAAGAUGAUACACCUCAAGAAAUUGCAAAAAAAAUUGCAAAUUUGAUAAGUGAUAGCGAUGGCUAUUAUUACAUUUAUUUCAAUUACUAUAGUUCAAAAAAAAAUAAUGACCUAUAUACAUUUCAAUAUCGAUGUUCUCAAUGUCGAAGUUUAGCAAAAAAACCUCGUAAGCAUCAAGAUCUUGAAUGUCAAAGAGACCGUGAAUCAAUUGAACGUUUUGAUUGUAGUGGAACACUCAGAAUUUCUAUAAAUAUGAUAGAUAACCAUGCAUCUAUUUACCUUAAACAUGAGAUUCUUCACAAACGACCUAAAAGAAAUAGAGUUACAGAAGAAAUCAAAAAUGAAAUUAAAGCCAACCUUCAUUUAAUGCCAAGCGACAUUUAUAGAAGAUUAGAGCAUAAUUACCCUGAAAUAACACAAAAGCAAAUUCACGCAUGGUGGACAACAUUUAUUAAAAAAAAAUUUAUCUUAUUGUAUUUGGGAAUGGACCAACUUAUUUGUAUGUAUACGGAUAAAGAUCUUGCUCAGAUAUCAGCUAUACGAAAAGUGUGGCCUAAUAUUAAAAUUCAAGUUUGCUACUGGCACUUCAAAAAAGCUCUUAAAAAACGAUUAGCAGAUAAUACUUUACCUCAAAGAAUAAUAUAUAGCUCAUAUGACGCACAUAGCACGUUUAGCUUUAUUGAUAUUGAAUUUUAUCCUGAAUUACCUGAAAACAGGUCUAAGGCAAGAAAUAAUUUUAUGUUUUGUCCCAAAAACCUGCGACCAAGAAUAAUCUCAAUGAUGGAACAUCAUAUGCAUUUGCAUUCGCUUAUUCCUAAUUCGGAAGGAACUUUUAUAACACAAGAAGAAAUCUGGAAAUAUUGUACAAAAGAAAUGUAUGAAUUCUGUGUCACUAACAAUCUUAAGCACCUUUGGUCAUAUAUGUGGCAAAAUUGGUAUCGUGGCGAACUUUGGCCUUUGUGGGCACGUUCAUCAAUAUCUGAUCGAAUUUAUCUUGUAAUUUACAUUCUUAUUGCACAACUUACACCACAUCAUCAGCAACAGUAUUACAAAUAUUAUUCUGGUCGUGAGAUGCCUUCAUGGCGCAAAGAAUUUAAAAAAGAAUUUAAAAAAGAAUGGGGCAUAUUGACAAAAAAAAAACUUAAUAAUACUUACUUGACUAAUGUUGAAAACUGGUUUUGCAAUUGUACUAGAUUUUUACUGAACCGAUUUUUUUUAUGCAAACACCUCAUUCAAUUGUCUUCUUUUAUUGCUAAUCCAUCCUUUUUUCGUAAUGUUCAACGUGAGAGGUACAUAUCCAUUUAUAACUUUACUACUCAAGAAACUUCUUCAAUUCGUAGACCAUUAUUAUCAGUAACAAACAAUUUAUCAACAAUGUCAUCGAAUUAUGCAUCUAAUAAUUCAUUAGCUGAUGUCACUGCAGUAACAGAUAAUGAUAAUUCUGAUCAACUUUUUGAAAAUUACGAGUCAAUUUUACAAGAUGCACUUUUAAUCGUACAAGAACAACGUAAAGCCAACAAUAUUAAAUGGGCACAAGCUGUUGAGAAAAGCUUUGAAGGAAUUAGUACCAUGGUAACGGAUAUUAAGAAAUAUAAGCGAAGAAUAACGAAUCCAAGAACAUGGAAAGACCAUAAUAAGUAUACCAUGUUCUUGUAA